GUAGCGUGUCAACAAUGAUUUUCAUCGAUCCGGAUAUACAAGAAUUAGAUACAUACAAAAUGACCUUUGGCGCUUUUGUAGAUGCUAUUAAAAUGGUCCCUCCUUCUUCGAUUCAACCGAUCAAGCCUGAGGAAUUAGAAAAUGCUAAAAAAGCUAUCUGUACAAGAGUUGAAUGUUCUUGAUCCGGAUUUAUGCAAGGAUGCUUUUAUUUUAUGUAGAGCAGCCAUUACGCGUUUUAAUACGCGUAGUGGAUGGUGGUAUAAGGCAUGCCCAUCCUGCUUCAAACAACUUAGAUCCAUUGCCCACAAUGAUGAACUUCUGUGUCCUAAACACAACAAUCAAAUUCCUCUCCCUUGGUUUAAAGUUGGUUUGGUUCUUGAGGAUUCAACUGAUGAAACAAAUGCUAUGAUCAUUGGAAAAGCAGCAGAGCAAUUGUUUGGAAUUUCUUGCAAUGAAUUGGUUAUUCAACAAGGUUAUACUGACCAGCAAGAGUUUCCACAUGCAAUUCUACAGACAAGAGGCCAAUUUAAAAAUUUUCAACUUCGGUUUGGCAGCAUAAAAACUGAUUCAAACAGAAAUGAUUUGCUUAUUCAAGCUGUGUUUGAUGAGAAGGUACAACUUCUUGAAUCAGGAUCAGAAGCCAACUUUGUUGAACAUCAGAAAAAAAAAUAUUGCUGCCCAAAUGCUUCCGCCCACUCCCCCACUUCUUUCAAAGAAAACACCGCCUGUAUCUCUCGCUGUCUCAUCCAAUCCUUCUUCAGUGGAGCCCAUUUCAAAUUCGAAAAAGAAACGUAAACUUCCAGUGAAAAGAGCUCUUCUCACCUCUUUAACAAGUGAAAAACUGAAAAGUGAUGUUGAAGCUGAAAACAAAUCUGAGAAAACUGUUGCUGUGCAAACCAGAGAAGAAAACGUGUCAGCUUCUGACAAUUUACCAAUUAUCGAUUUGAAGAAGAAAACAGUCCAAGGCAGUUCCGAAACCACCUCUCCUACUCCCACAUCAGAUGACUAUCAUUUCACUAUCAUCCAUUACGAUUGACAACAACAAACACAUCAGCGGAAAAUGGAAGGAAGCGAUCAAACUCCACAUGAUAUUGAAAACCCUUGGAUUCCAUUAGUAACUUCAAUGAGUGAGGAGUUGGAUGGCUUGUCUCCCCUCUCCUCUUUGUGUUGCAUUUAUAGAGUUCCUGAACGACUACGGCGUGUGAGUGAAAAGGCCUACACACCUCAGGUAGUCUCUAUAGGCCCACUUCAUCAUGGCGAGGAAGGCCUAAAAGCCAUGGAAGAUCACAAAAAGAGGUACUUGCAAGAUUAUAUACGUCGGACCAAGAAGCAAGUAAAAGACCAAGAAGCAAAACUGCGCAGUUGUUAUGCAGAAACCAUUCAGGUUAGCAGUGAUGAAUUUGUGAGAAUCAUUCUAGUGGAUGCCGCCUUCAUCAUUGAGGUCUUGUUGAGGUAUCGUGUCGAUGAAUUGCAGGAUGAAAAUGACCGUAUAUUUAACAAACCAUGGAUGUUGCAGGACGUAUGGCCUGACAUGCGGUUUUUUGAAAAUCAGUUGCCAUUCUUCAUUCUUGAGGAACUUUUUGACCCCGAAAAAAUCAAAGUCUCUUCUAACAAUAACAAUAUUGAGAUGCUUUCGAUACUCAACCUUUGCCACAAUUUCUUCAAAACUCUAAUGCAUAUAGAGGGAACAGAUGGCAAUAUGGAGAAAUUAUGUGCUUCUAAAGUAGAACACUUUGUAGAUUUUUGUAGAAAUUUGUAUCCACCUCUGCCAUUGAAACCACCUGCUAAAGGGCCAAUUGAAACUCUAAGGUGGAAUCACCGAAAAACUUAUUCGGCAUAUAAUUCGCUAAUGGGAUUCUAGAAAUUCCAAAAUUAGCAAUAAGUGAUG